UCGCCCAGCCCGCGCUACCUGGAGCUGGACUUGACGAGCGGAGCGCUCUUCGUCAACGAGCGCAUCGACCGGGAGGCGCUGUGUGAGCAGCGGCCUCGCUGCCUGCUCAGCUUGGAGGUGCUGGCGCACAACCCCGUGGCGGUGAGCGCCGUGGAGGUGGAGGUACUGGACAUCAAUGACAACUCGCCGCGCUUCCCGCGGCCCGACUACCAGCUUCAGGUAAGCGAAUCGGUGGCGCCCGGAGCGCGCUUUCACAUAGAGAGCGCGCAGGACCCCGACGUGGGCGCCAACUCGGUGCAGACCUACGAGCUCAGCCCCAGCGAGCACUUCGAGCUGGACCUGAAACCCCUGCAGGAGAACAGCAAGGUGCUGGAGCUGGUGCUGCGCAAGGGCCUAGACCGAGAGCAGGCAGUCUGGCACCACCUGGUUCUCACAGCUGUGGACGGGGGCAGCCCAGCCCGCUCGGGCACGGCACAGAUCUCCGUGCGUGUCCUGGACACGAAUGACAAUUCUCCCUCCUUCGACCAGUCCACUUACCGCGUCCAGCUUCGCGAGGACGCGCCCCCGGGCACAUUGGUGGUGAAGCUGAAUGCCUCAGACCCAGACGAGGGCUCCAACGGGGAGCUCCGGUAUUCCCUGAGCAGCUACACGUCGGACAGGGAGAGGCAGCUCUUCAGCAUCGAUGCCCGCACAGGGGAAGUGCGGGUGAGCGGGGCGCUGGAUUAUGAGGAGGCCUCUUCCUAUCAGAUCUAUGUGCAGGCGACUGACCGGGGUCCGGUGCCCAUGGUGGGUCACUGCAAGGUGCUGGUGGACAUUGUGGACGUGAAUGAUAAUGCGCCAGAAGUGGUGCUCACAGACCUGUACAGCCCGGUGCCUGAGGAUGCUGCACUCAAUACCGUGGUGGCCCUUCUCAGUGUCAAUGACCAAGACUCAGGCCCCAACCGGAAAGUGAGCCUGGGCCUGGAGGCCACACUGCCUUUCCGACUGAAUGGCUUUGGAAACUCCUACACACUGGUGGUGAGUGGCCCGCUGGACAGGGAGCAGGUGGCUGCCUACAACAUCACAGUGACAGCCACUGAUGGGGGAGUACCACCUCUCACAUCCCAGAGGACACUGCAGGUUGCAAUCUCUGACAUCAAUGACAAUCCACCAAGCUUCCCGAAGGACUCCUACUCCGUCUACAUCCAGGAGAACAAUUUGCCAGGAGUGUUGCUCUGCACAGUACAAGCCACAGACCCAGAUGAAAAGGAGAAUGCAGAGGUGACCUACUCCCUCCUGGAGAGGGAGAUUCAAGGGCUGCCAGUCACCUCCUAUGUCUCCAUUGACAGUGCCAGUGGCAGCCUUUACGCUGUCAACUCCUUUGACUAUGAGAAGUUUCGGGAGUUCUUUGUGACCGUGGAGGCCCAAGACAAGGGGAGCCCACCACUGAGCAGCACUGUGACCGCCAACGUGUAUGUGGUGGACGUGAAUGACCAUGCCCCUUACAUCCUGUACCCUACCUCAACCAAUUCGUCAGCAGCCAUUGAGAUGGUGCCUCGGACUGCCCCUGCUGGCUACCUGGUCACCAAAGUCAUAGCCAUGGACUCAGACUCUGGGCAAAAUGCUUGGCUCUUUUACCAUCUGGCCCAGGCUUCUGAUUUGGACCUUUUCAAAGUAGAACUACACACAGGAGAAAUUAGGACUACCAGGAAGAUCGGAGAUGAGAGUGGAACCACUUUCAACCUGACCGUGGUGGUCCGGGACAAUGGAGAUCCAUCACUAUCAGCCUCUGUAUCCAUUACAGUAGCUGUGGUGGAUAGAGUUUCCAAAACCCUCCCUGAUACUCAGAGACAUGUUAGGAGUCCUCGGACAUUCUCUGAAAUAACACUUUAUCUAAUAAUAGCAUUAAGCACAGUGUCUUUUAUAUUUCUUUUGACAAUCAUUGUUUUGAGCAUCAUCAAGUGCUACCGCUACACUGCAUAUGGCACCGCGUGCUGUGGAGGCUUUUGUGGAGUGAGGGAGCGGUGCUCUGCAGAACUGUACAAACAGGCCAAUAACAAUAUUGAUGCCAGGAUACCGCAUGGCCUCAAAGUGCAGCCUCACUUCAUUGAAGUGCGAGGGAAUGGCUCCCUCACUAAGACCUACUGCUACAAGGCCUGUCUGACAGCAGGCUCAGGGAGUGACACUUUCAUGUUUUACAACACAGGGGCGCAGACAGGACCUGGGCCUGGGGGAGCUCAAGCAGCAGCAAGUGACAACAGGCACCUCACAGGCCAAAGUGGACAGAGUGCUGGGAACCUGAUUAUUCUAAAAAAUGAGGCUAUUUCUCAACAUGAGGUGAGAUAG